UGGAAACUGGCGACUUGCCCCAGAACUGGGCUUGACGUUAUGGGUUGGUGACAGCAGAGCACCGAGUGACGAAGUCCUCUUACGCAUUCGUUUCGUCUCUGCUUCAAGCGAUGCGCUUUUAGCUGCUUUGCCACGCUGUACUGAAAGGAGGCCAGACCGUCUCGAGCGGACACACCACAGCCUCUCCUUGCAGACGCAUUGAAGGGAAGGUCGGGGCACUUGAAAAACUAAGCGAGCAGUUGCCCACAGCAAUGUCGUAACCCACGAUGAGUACCAUGAAGUGCGUCUGUCAGGAGUGCGGCUGUGUGUGUGAAAGCUGUGUGAGCGGCAGCAACAGCCUGCACCUUCAUCAGGAGAUCGAGGCUCUGAAGCGGCAGUUAUUGGAGCGAGAUUGUCACAUUGUCCGCAUGGAGACGCAGGUGUUAGAGGGUCCCCCGCAAGGCAGGCCCCCGGAGCCUCUGCAGCCCAACGCCCCCUGCCGCCAGGAAGCCUGCCAAGACAGGUGGCAGAGGCUUCAAGAUGGCUACCGCAAGCUCCAGAAGGUGAACCAGGGCCUGGAAGACAAGUUGUUACGGGUGGUCGACCGGUGCGAGACGGAAAAGAAUGCGCUGAGCCGUGACCUCCAGGAGCUGACGACGCGACUCGUUGAUGCACAGCUGGCGCUGGCGCAGCUACGUGAGGAGAACGAGCAGUACCGGAACGAUUGCAACGUGGCAGUGCAGCUGUUACAAUGCAAGCCUUCCAGCUUUGUAGCUUCCAAGUACAGCACGCUUCCCAAUGAGCUUCAGGAAAAGGUUCGAAGCCACUUGGGUAGCCGGUCGCAGCGAACUCCUCCGGAGGCACGGGUUAUCCGGGUGCCCAUGCCCACAUUCCCACCCACUGCCAUGGUGUACUCGGUGUCGCCAGAGGAGACGACACCCCCGCAGCAGCAGGACGGCAACGGCCCCCUCCCCGACUACAUCAGUGCAGCUGUCAUGGCCAAGGUACUGGAAGAGCGUGCCCGCGAGCGGCGACGGUCUCAUCCUUCCAAGGGAACCCAGGCGUCUUUGUGUUGCAGUCGAUCCUCCAGUCAACAUUGCGCGGGUGAUAGCAGUGCCAUACAGCGCACCACAGAGACACUCAUUUGAAAAACAGCUUUCCAAUACCAAACCAUGCAAAAAGGGGAAAAAAAAUAAUCCUGUGUUGACACUAGUAUUAUGCUAUUUAUUUGCCAGAAUAAAACUGCACGGAGCCUUUACUGUGA